GUCACUCCCCACAAUCCGUUCGUCUUUUGAUUUCCUUCUCUCUGACAUUAAAUCGGUACCACCUUUGUUUUUCUUAUUACAUAACUCACUCACCGGGUCAUCAUACGAUGGCGGCUAAACAAACCAAGUUUAAGGUGGCCGCCGUCCAUGCUGCGCCAGUGUUCAUGAACAAAGGCGCGACGAUCAAGAAGACGAUCAGUCUUAUCGAGCAGGCUGCCGAUCAAGAAAUCAAGUUGCUGGUGUUUCCUGAAACAUUCAUCCCUGGCUAUCCGUACUGGGCCGAGUGUUACCCUCCACUGAAGCAGGUCGGUUCAUUGGCCAAAUACGCUGAGGAAAGUGUCGUGGUAGAGCCUAAUGGCGAAGAUGUCAGUGCCAUCCAAGAAGUGUGCCGACGGACGGGUGUAGCUAUCAACCUGGGUAUUUCCGAGCGUGUCGCGAACGGACACACACUGUUUAACUCACAAGUUAUUAUCGAUAGCGAUGGUACCAUUCUAGGUGUCCAUCGUAAACUCCAGCCCACUUAUGCCGAGCGAUACAUCUGGGCUCAGGGUAACGGAAGUUCAUUGCGUAACUGGCCUUUGUCUUUGGGUUAUAAUUUGGGGGGUCUGGCAUGCUGGGAACAUACCAUGAACGGUGCUCGACAGGCGUUGAUCAUGCAAAACCAACACAUUCAUGCGGGCGCAUGGCCAGCGCUCUCAACGAUGGCUGGGUUCGAGGCAGUAGCUGACGCGCAGAUCGAGGCCUUGAUGAAGACGCACGCUCUGACUGCGCAAGUCUUCGUUAUCACCGCAUCCAACUACGUUGAUGAGACGUGUCUUAGCUGGAUGGAGGGGAAUCUCGGGAAACAGGACCUUGUUAAAGCUGGUGGAGGCUGGUCGUCGAUACUGCAUCCCUUUUGCGCCUUCAUCGCCGGUCCGCAUACUGGUGCUGAAGAGAAGUUGGUGCAGGGCGAGAUAGACUUUUCACAGCUUGGUGCUGUGAAAGUCUGGAUUGAUGCCGCAGGACACUAUCAGCGACCAGAGAUUCUGCAAUUUGGGUUCGACUCGCAGCCUUAUUGGGCGGACGAAAAACUGGAUCGCUUCAAGGUCCGUGUGAAUGACAAGCAGCCGAAGGACGAGGUGGGUGAGCACGCGCAAUCAUAGUGGUAUCAGAUAUAGUCAUCUCAAGUAUGGGGAGAGUAGGAUUGAUCCCGAAGCAACCCAAUCCCUCGCUCUCGCCUCUGGUGUCGCUGGCGCCGAUGUGUAAGUUCUCUUCUCAGCAGACUCACACACGGAAAAUAGUAGAGACUCCAAAGCCAACACGCUGGGGCGGCUCUUCUGCAAUGGGACGAGCAAUCUAACCCACGUACAACAGCAUAUAUUCGAUAAGAUGUUCGAAAUGGACAGGUCGUAGCCCACUUAAUUCAUUCCACUUUCAGUCCGUCAACUUCGUGAUAGCAGGUAAACACUUCUGCUUUACGAUCCCUAGAACACAUUCAUGU